AUAAUCAGCCAAAGGGGAUGGAGGAGCUUGUCUCCACCUGAGAUUAUUUGCUCGUCCUUUGUCGUCAGAGUCUAUACACAUCUUCUGUGAGCUUGAAGAGCUACUGGAUGAUCUCCGAUGUAACCGAAAAUUGGAAGCUUCAUUGUCGCUCAUUUUAAAAAUCACCUCCUCUUCAUCACUCAUUGUGUUCCUUGACCAUCGCCGGGGUGACUGUGUAGAAUAUGGUUGGUAGAAUUUCUCCAUCUCUCGGGACAGCGUGACCAGUUCCGUUUCAAGAGUUGCGUUUACAUCCAAGUUGCAAUGCUUAAAGUAUGACCGAUACCACUGCAGAUCAAGCUGUCAUUCUAUGGUAUUUGCACGGCUGUACUACCUCGCACUUCAAUCUCUCCAAAGAAGAUGACGAACAUCAGGUCCGGCGUCGGCAACAGACGUGCACGCAGACAUUCUCCAACAAUCUAGUCAGUUUAAGCAGCAGUCGAAUUGCAGACCUGAUUAUUCCACCGCCUGCCAUAAGCCAACUAUCCAGUCUUCAUACAAUUCAUCUUCAGAACAAUAAUUUAACCUCCCUUCCUAUGGAGAUUUGGUCCCUUGCUGGCCUGCAAGAACUAAAUGUUGGAUAUAACAAAAUCCAACAUCUCCCUCCAGAGAUUCACCGCGCCAAAGCAUUACAAGAGCUGUUUUUGCACAAUAAUCUUCUCACUGCACUUCCUUCUCAGAUUGGAAGUCUUCAUCAUUUGAGAGUUUUGGAUGUCACGGCAAACCAGCUUUCGGCCAUACCUGCAGAAAUUGCCAAACUCCAUCUUUCUCAUUUUUGGGUCGAGCACAAUCUUUUUGCAGUCAGUCCUCCUCAACGAGAGGCUAUAGAUGGGCAACAGCAUAAUAGCAUUGUUUCCUGUAACAACCAAGUUCUAUCUCUGGUUUCAAUAUGCGCUCAAACGAUUGGAAAAUCAACCCAAGAUUCAGGUUUCAGCAUAUUGCAGCACCUUCCUUCCACUAUACAAUACGAUUUAGAGAAAUGCACGAGGCAGGGCCUCAUUUGCGCCAUCUGUAAAGUGUUGAUAUUUCAUCGAGGCUUACUUUCUUUGGGACAAUCCAGGAUUGCAGGGAUGUUGGUACCGGUCUCCUACCAUUGCUGCUCGCAAGCAUGCCUAUCUAAACUGUUAACGCGCACGCCAUCCGAGAAUAUAACUGACUCUGGCGCUUAUGACCAUUUGGCAACCAGUAAUCAAAUCCAUAGUCAUAGAGCGUCAUUACAGAUUCGCAUAGCAUCCGAUCAUGAUACCCUGUCUCUAGAGCGAGCGAGAACACUGUAAAAGUAGGCAGUAAUAAAUUUUUUUUAUGUGUACAGUAACCGAGAGACUGAUUUU